AUGAAUAUCUUGUCGCGCAUCACAUCCCCUCUCAGUAUUGCAAUUUCUUCUGGUAUUCUUUUACUCAUGUCAUUCUUUAGCUUUUUCAAGAAUAAAUCUGCCGAAACCAAACAAGAAGGCAAACCUACACGUACUACUCAGCAAGGAACCGAUUCUACCUAUCAUGUCAAUGAUUUACUGAUACAGUUUCCAGAGCAGGAAAAAGAUGAACUGUAUCACUUGAUGAAUAGUGAAGAAAAUUUAAAAUUCCUCCAAGAAAAUCCAAUUUUGAAAAAGCAGGUUGAUGGUGUGGAAGGUUGUUUUGUAUUGGAAAAUGUGAUAACUCCUCUGGAAUGCAAAUUGUUUGUGGAAAUUUCAGAAAAGAUGGGUUAUAAACCAUCUCCAUUGUCUGUUUUAGCAGGAAAGUUUGACACAUCUGUCAUUAAUAACUCAACAAAGCAAAUUAGAGAUUCAGAAAGAAUUUUGACAGAUCUUCCUGAGAAGGUGAUUGAAGUUUUGAAUAAGAGAAUUGAGCACUUGUUACCUGAGAAGGUAGAUAUUUAUGGAGAGGAAUGGACAUUGAGAAAGAAUACACCAAUUAAUGAACGUAUCAGAUUUAACAAGUACGGUGUCACCCAAAAGUUUGGACCUCAUAUGGAUGCUGGCUAUAGGAAGAAUGAUCAUGAAAUGACUCAGCUUACUAUCAUUUUCUAUUUGAAUGAGGAUUUCAAGGGUGGGGAGACUACAUUCUUCCCAGGUGGAAGGAGACAUCUCUUAGAAGAAGCUACUGUGCAAGAGGUCAGAAUAGUUCCAAAGAUAGGUCUUGUUAGUGUAUUCUUCCAAAAUGGUAAAUUGAAUCAUAGGCAUGAAGGAUCUCCAGUUAUUGAAGGUUUCAAGUACAUUAUUAGAAGUGAUAUUGCAUACAUCAAGUCCUCUUGGUUAGAAUCUCAAAAUCAAUAA